CUCGAAGGACUCCAGCACUUUUUCCCAUCCCACACCCAUGUGAGGCACCAAUAACAUGGGCUAAAUUACCAGCACCAAUUUGCCUGAGCCCGAACUCCCCUGUUUACGUCCCUGACCUGCCAUCCCCACUCUCCCACUGCCAUGAUCCCAAAUCCGGCUCUCUGAAAACCCCUCAUCCCGCUUUUCCUCACGAGACUGGGAGGUUUCACCCGUGGAUUGAAUGGGGACGACAAAGAAGAACAUCUUUUCCUGAGUGGGAAUUAACAUCAACUGGGUGAAACCGGCCUAAUACGAUUAGCCUACACAAGCAAAAAUCAAAGGACAUUCAGCUGAAGUUACUACUGCACCAUGGCUCAGGCAACCAAAGUAGUGAAGUCCAUCCCUCCCACCGUUGUAGAUGCUCCAGCUAGAGCAGUGCAUCCAGAAUUCCUUACAGCCAGGAGUCAUGGAUUUUUACGAAUCAUGAAUCGUCCGGCACAAUGGGUGGUCAUCAUCACACUUCUGAUCUCUUGGUCAGUAGCUGGUGUUGUCAUGUUUGACUUUGUCAGUGAUGAUCAGAUUGCAAGCAUCCAGGAUUUAGGUUCAGAUCCAGGGCUAGCAGUGAACAAGGCCAUUGAAGGGAUCGAAAACAGGAUAAACCACAUGAAUGAUGUGUUUAAUGAUGCUAAUGAAUACAUCGCUGAAUUAAUAUAUAAUCCGAAGGAAGCUCUGUAUUCAGCAGUUGACUCAUCUCUGUCUUAUGUGACAGAAAUGCUCACUCCGGAUGAAUUAAUCAUCGAAACUGUGAAAUAUGGUGGCACUGUAUUUGAUGAGGCUACAGAAUGGGUCAGAUUUCCAGUUUGCUUCUUAUUCCACUUAUUUGAAGAUAUCCUGGAUAUAGUCUUUACGCCAGUGGAUUUGCUGAGUGAAGCUGUUGUGCAAAUUUUAAGUGGAAUCAAGGCUAUUGCACAGUAUCUUUCAAACAUGUUCGAAGGCACUAAAGGCAUCACUGAUAUAGCCAAACUUGGAGGGACUUUGUUGGAUAAGGUUACUGACUGUAUUCGAUUCCCAGUGGGUUACUUAUUUUACUUAUUUGAAGCCAUCCUGGAUGUAACCAUCAUUUAUCCAGCGGAUAUGGCAAGUGAAGCGUUUCUGCAAAUUUUGAAUGUGAUCAAGGACACUUUAGCAAGCAUAUUCGGGUUCCUCAAAGGUGAUGCAGACAUCACUGAAACAGCCAAACUUGGGGGCGCUGUAUUGGAUACGGUAACUGACUGGAUUCGAUUGCCAGUGGGUUACUUAUUUUACUUAUUUGAAGCCAUCCUGGAUGUAACCAUUAUUUAUCCAGCGGAUAUGGCAAGUGAAGCAUUUCUGCAAGUUUUAAAUGUGAUCAAGAACACUUUAUCUACCCUGUUUGGGUUCCUGGAAGCUUGGUUCCCCAAAAUGAGCACUCGUCCUACAGAGCUGGUUGAAAAAGUUGCAGAGGAAGCCACUGAUGUAAAGACCACCAUGUCUAAUUAUUUGUCCAGUCUGUUUGCAGGGGAUGAAGAUGGUAUUCCUGACGUCACUUUUGAUCCCAUGAAAGUUGUCACAGACACCGUUGAGGAGUUUGCAGACAGGAGAGAUAUGUUGUUGGCCUAUCUCUCAAACAUGCUCAUGGAAGACAAAGUUUCAGAUGAAACACCACAAGUGAUAAGACGGAAAGGUGAAUUUCUGCCCCCUAUGGAAAAAGUUGCAGAAGUACUAGGAAAAACUCAGGACCCCAUCUACGCUGCCUACAUCGCUGUGAGAUCCACAGCUGAGAUAGACGGCGAUAAACUGGAAAUAAAUGAGGCCGAGGUGGACUCUGCUGAAGAUAUCUUGGUAGAACAAAAAGUUGAAAAGACAGUGGACCGCUCUGAAAAUGAUGCAGUUGCCUCUGUUGAGGAGGAAAAAGCAGUUGGUGAUAUUGUAGAUGAGGAACCUUUUCAUACACCUGAAGUCACAGAUGAAGAAACAGCAACAGAAAAGGAUGAAGACACCUUUGAUUCAAAUGAAACUACUUCUGAUGUGCAAGAUAUUGAUAAUGCCAUAGAUGCUGAGACUGAAGAAAUUCCUGAAAUGGUUGAAAGUGUUUCAGAUGUUGGAGAAGAGGAACCUUUUGAAGUAACAAAUGAAGAAACGGCAACUGAACAGGUUGAAGACACCGCUGAUUCAAAUGAAAUCACUUCUAAUGCCGCAGAUAUGCAAGAUGUUGAUAAUAUUUCUGAUGUUGAUACUGAAGAAAUUCCUAAAACGGUUGGAGAUGUUUCAGAUGUUGGUGAAGAGGAACCUUCUGAAGUCAUAGAUGAAGUAAUGGCAACUGAAAAGAUUGAAGACGUCUCUGGUUCAACUCGAUUGACUUCCAAUGCUGCAGAUGUGAAAGACACUGAUGAUACCUCAGAUGCUGUCACAGAUAAGGAUGAGAUUAAAACAGUUGAAGAUUUUUCAGAAGUUACAGAGGAGGAAAUUUCUGAUGUGCCAGAAGUCAUAGAUGAGGAAAUGGUUGAAAAGUCUGACGAUAGCUUUCAUUUUGCAGAGGACAAACCAACUGAAUUGAUUUCUGAUGCUCCAGAUGUAACAGAAGACAUUGAUGAUAUAUCAGAUGAUAAAGUCUCUGCAGUUUCAGAGGAAAAUGAAUCAAUUCAAGAAGCUACUAAAACAGUCUCAGAUGUUACAGAGAAUGAAACUUCUGAUAUGACAGAUGUCGUAGAUGAGGAAAUGGAAGCUGGAAAGGCUGAUGAUAUCUCCCAUUUUGUAGAGGAUGAAUCAAUUGAAAUUACUUCUGAUGCUACAGUUGGGAAGGAAGACACUGAUGCCUUUACAGUUACAGAAGAGAAAGAAACAAUUGAAAGCCUUCAAGAAGCAGCAAUGAAAAUGUCACAAAAUGCAGAUGAAGAAAUCCCCAAUGUCACAAAGAUGGUUGAAGAACCUGAUACUUCUGAUUUUAUGGAUGAGUUAGAAGAACCUGAAAAAGAUGAAGAUGAAAUUAGUGUCACCAAUGACCAGGUUGAAACGGCUCAAGAUGUCAUAUUUCCAAAGGAAAAAGUGGAAGCAGCAGAACUUGAUGAUCAUGACAAACUCAAGGCUAAAGAUGGUUCACAAGUGGAUGACAUCAAGAAGGAAGUUGUGGAAAUUGCAGAUGCUGAUAAUGACCUUCAGAACGAGUUAGAUAAAGAUGAGAUUAAGGUUGAAGAUGCGUCUGAUCAAACUAUCUUGGCAAGCACAGCUGCUGAAGAAGACCAUGAUGAUGAUGGAGCGCCUGUCCUCCUUACUGUCCAACAUGAGCACUCAGACAGAGAUGAUAAAAAUAAUAAUAACAAUGACAGAAAGAGAGACGCCAGAGGUCUGAUCAAGAGAAAAACACCAAAGAGCCAUUCCACUGAAACUGAUGAACAAAACGCGCACAAGGAUCUUCAUAAAGAGUCUGAUAAAGUUCUUGAGCAAGUGAAAGAAGCCAAAGAGAAAAAAGCUAGAGAGGAGAUAUACAAAAUCAUUCAAGAAAUGAGGGAAGAGAAGGCUGAAGGUGUGGAGGAAGAGAUCGUAUUACAGCAAAUAAACAUAACCGUAGAAAAGGUCAAGAAAGAAGAAACUGUCAAAAAGGAGGAAAAGGCUAAAAGAAAAGAAAAGGCUCAAGAACCAAAAGGAGCUGCAAAAAAAGUCAAACCAGCAAAGAAAGAUGAUGCUGUUAAGAAGGAGGCCAAAACUGAAGAUGCAAAGAUUUCCAAAGACAAAACUAAAGCAGUCCCUGUAAAGAAAGGUAUGUAA